AUGGAAAAGGUGUUGGCGCUUGAUAAAGCAUACCCACUUCCUUUACUUGGUGUAAUGCUUGAAAAAUUCCCCAAAAAGCUCGAGCCGGCUUCAUGGUGGCCCAAUUCUUCUCAUUCUGACGAAUCUAAGACGGAGAACGAAAACUCCCAUUUUGAUGGAAACCAACGACAAGGUUCCAAUGGAUGGAGCGAUCAACUUGAAGCCGAAAUGAGAGAAGUUGUUGAAGUCGUGAAGACAAAAGACGCUCAAGACUACGUCAGACUUGGGAAUAUAGUAUUGAAGGUUAAUAAAACUUUGGCAAUCUCGGGCCCUCUUCUCACCGCCAUUGCGGCUUUGGGUUCCGCCGUCGUGGGUGAUUGGUCAUCCGGGGGGAUGGUGGUGGCGGCGGCGGCCGGUUCUUUGGCGGUCGCCGUGAAUGCGUUAGAGCACGGUGGGCAAAUUGGGAUGGUGUUUGAGAUGUACAGAAACUCGGCGGGGUUCUUCGGGGUAAUGGAGGAAUCCAUUAGAGGGACGCUUGAGGAGACAGAUUGGGAGAAGAGGGAAAAUGGGCAAGUGUUUGAAAGGAAGGUGGCUUUGAAAUUGGGAAGAAGCUUAUCUCAGCUCAGACAAUUGGCUGCCAAAUCUUCUGCGGCUAGACAAGAAGGGAUUUCCAUGGAUGAAUACGCCAGCAAGCUCUUUUGA